UCUGUUUGAGAAAUACGAGUUCACUCAGCAAAACAAAACCAACUUUUAAAGGUUGUUCUCGGAGGAAAUCACUCUAUGCCCCAUUACCUGCUUGAGUGAAACCAGACUAAGAACUUCUGUCAUGGCAGCUUUUCUGCUGGGAGCUAUGUUGCUUAUUGUUCAACCUCAGAUAGUGCUUUCCAGACCGGCUAUAAAUUCGAAGGUUGAGACUUCUUCUCAGUCUGUUCAGAGAGAGCUUUUAAAGAAAACAUCUCAAAAAAAUGACUUCAAGGAAAACAUUCAUUCUAAUGGAUCAUGCAGGCAGCUGCCACAGACUAUCAUUAUUGGAGUGAGAAAAGGUGGAACAAGAGCUUUGUUAGAGAUGUUGAGCCUCCAUCCAGAUAUUGCGGCAGCAGAAAAUGAAGUUCACUUCUUUGACUGGGAAGAUCAUUACAGAAAUGGAUUGCAGUGGUAUAUUAAUCAAAUGCCAUUCUCUUAUCCCCAUCAGAUCACCGUGGAAAAAACUCCAGCAUAUUUCACAUCACCUAAAGUGCCUGAAAGAGUUCAUAAAAUGAACCAGUCUAUGAGACUACUCCUUAUUUUAAGAGACCCAAGUGAGAGAGUACUGUCAGAUUACACCCAAGUGUUCUAUAAUCACAUGCAGAAGCACAAGCCGUAUCCAUCCAUUGAACAAUUCCUGAUUAAAGAUGGUGAACUCAAUGUGGACUACAAGGCAAUAAACAGAAGUUUGUACUACAUUCACAUGCAAAACUGGCUGAAGUAUUUUCCUCUUGAUCGUAUCCACAUUGUGGAUGGGGAUAAACUAAUCAAAGAUCCCUUCCCAGAAAUAGAGAAGGUAGAGAGUUUUUUGAAGUUAUCACCACAGAUAAAUGCUUCAAACUUUUAUUUCAAUAAAACUAAAGGCUUCUACUGCCUAAGGGACAGUGGUAGAGAACGUUGUUUACAUGAGUCGAAAGGACGAGCACACCCACAAGUAGAUACCCGCUUACUUGAGAAACUGCAUGAGUAUUUCCAUGAACCCAACAAGAAGUUUUUUGAGCUUGUGGGCAGAACAUUUGACUGGCACUCAUUUGUGGCAAGUUAAGGGUAAGCUUCAGAACCGGUGUUCCAGUGUACAUUUAGAAAUUUUAAAAAGGGCAUUUAAGCUAUAAUUUAUUUGUAAAAUCCAUAAAUACUUCUGUACAGUAUUAGAUUCACAAUUGCCAUAUAUACUAGUUAUAUUUUUCUACUUGUUAAAUUUGAAAACAUUUUGUAUUGUUUUUCAUGGUUGUUAACAUUGUGUGUGAUGUGUCUAUAUGAAGAAACUAAAUUAUUUCAUUGCAGAAGA